CCGGCCCCGCCUCCCUGUCCCGGUGAACCGAGGCUAUAACAGCCUGAGGCCGCCUCGGACUGCAGAGGAGCGCUGGGAGCGCACUGCACUGGGAGCCGCUCUCUCACUUGUUAGCUCACUCGUGCUUUCGAGUCCAGAGUCCCGCAGACGCAGGGGACGUGGGUGACGGCGGCGGAGCUAAAGGUUUGGGAACAGGAUUAUCUGAGCCUCACUCGCGGAGAGAUCCGGAGCUCGGUCCCAUGAAGUCCCCCACAGUACAGCGCAGCGCCGGGGGCGCGGCGGAGACCACUGCUGGGGCAGUUCCUUCCCUGGACUCAGUGGUGGUUGCAGACCUGUCUGAUGUCCUGUGUGAGUUUGAUGAGGUCAUGGCCGAUUUCUCGUCCCCCUUCCACGAGCGCCACUUUGAGUAUGAGGAGCACCUGAAGAGGAUGAAGCGCAGGAGCAGCGCCAGCGUCAGUGACAGCAGCAGCGGUUUCAGCGAUUCAGAGAGUGCAGAUUCUCCUUAUAGACACAGUUUCAGCUGCAGCGAUGAAAAGCUGAAUUCUCCAACAGUCUCGGCGCCAUCUUUGUCCUCUCCCCUUGUCGUUCCUCGUAAAGCCAAACUUGGAGACACCAAAGAACUAGAGGACUUCAUUGCUGAUCUGGACAGGACAUUAGAAAGCAUGUGAAAAGAGAAGAAGAUGUGGGUAUCUGUUCUUUCAAUGGGAGAAGCUUCAGAAAGCUGUGAAGACCCAAGGAAGCUAACUGUUAGAAAUUGCUGCCAUAGUUGGCUAUGAUCAGUGUAUCUUAUAAUGUCAUCUGAGAUCCUGUUAUUUGAAAUACAACUUUAGGGAUCAUCUUUGCUGGAUUCUUAGGUGUUAAAAUUGACUUUAUUAACCUGUGCAGCAGAUGAGAGCAAAUGACUUGCGCUAAUAUUAUAUUUUUCCUUAAAACAUACUCAUAUGUAAUUUAAAAUGUGUUUAUGAAUAUAUUUGUAAUUAUAUAUAGUUGGAAACAGUAAUGAUGCUUUUAUCCCUUUAUAAUAUAUUUUUGUAUGCAAAUAAAAUUUGAACUGGA